GGGAUUGGGUGGGUGGUGAUGGGAGUAGUUUAGUUUGUAAGGGAAUUAUUUUUAUUGAGUUAGAAAUGCAGGGUUAGAUAAGAGAAGAAUAUAGCGGUAUUGGUAGGUCGUAACCGGUCUCCCACUCCAGUACAGUAGGGGGCGGUGUUGGCACCUGUCGGUCGGUUAAAUAGAAACUAAAAGAAGAAGAACAACAACAACAGCUGGUCAGCCAUCGCGGUAGCUUGCUAGCCAACAUAGCGGAAACGUUCAAGCUCUUAAGACGUUUUCUGAAUAUAUCAGCCACUGUGUUUUGAACACAUUUCUGUCGUUUAGCUAGUUACCCCAUUUAAUUUCCUAUUUACGUUGUUAUUGGUCAGCUAACUAGCUUGUUAAGUUAGCAUUAGCCUAGAUAGCUAACGUAGCUGGCUGGUUGAGUUAGCAUUAGCCUAGCUAGCUAACGUAGCUGGCUGGUUGUUAAGUUAGCAUUAGCCUAGCUAGCUAACGUAGCUGGCUGGUUGUUAAGUUAGCAUUAGCGUAACUAGCUAACGUAGCUGGCUGGUUGUUAAGUUAGCAUUAGCCUAGCUAGCUAACGUAGCUGGCUGGUUGAGUUAGCAUUAGCCUAGCUAGCUAACUGUUAGCUAACAUCCCCGACCAUGAGGUCACCAAGCUACUCGCCUCCUGUUGAAGAAGAGGAGGAGGAGGAGGUCUGCUGGACGGAGGAAGAGGGUCUGUGGCUGAACGUUGUCGUGAAAGAGGAGGAAGAGGAGGAGGAUGUCACAGUAAAACAAGAAGAAGAAGAGGAGGAAGGUGAGGCUGUUACAGUGAAAGAAGAGAAAGACGUUUCAGUGAAAGAAGAGGAAGACGAGUUCAGAGUGAAAGAGGAGGAGGAUGUUACUGUAAAAGAAGAGGAGGAAGAGAAAGAGGAGGAUGCAGUUUUUGAAGUGAAGAAGGAAGGAGAGAUAACUGUCACAUUGAAAGACGAGGAGACAGGCGAUCUGAUUAACACCAGAGAGAGACAUGACUAUAGUGGAUCCUCUGGGGAGCCUCAACAACAUCAUGAUGCUGACGAGGCAGAGCAGAGUCUCUCCACAUCAGGACACCUCAAGAAACACCAGCAAAGACCCACAGGAAAGACACCUCACUGCUGCUCUGACUGUGGGAAGAGUUACUCAAGAUCAGAUUCACUGAAACUACACCAGAGAAUUCACACAGGUGAUAAAUCUCAUUGCUGCUCUGACUGUGGGAAGAGACUCACCUCUUCGGCAGAUCUUAAAAGACACCAGAGAAUCCAUACAGGAGAGAAACCUUAUAGCUGCUCUGACUGUGGGAAGAGCUUUAAUGUUCCAAGCAGCCUGAAAACACACCAGAGAACACACACAGGAGAGAAACCUUAUAGCUGUUGUCAAUGUGGGAAGAGUUUUACUUCAUCAAGCCGUCUGACUAUACACCAGAGAACACACACAGGAGAGAAUCCUUAUAUCUGUGAUCAAUGUGGGAUGAAUUUUACUACAUCUAGACUGCUGACUUUGCACCAGAGAACACACACAGGAGAUAAGCCUUAUAGCUGUAAUCAAUGUGGGAAGAGUUUUGCUCACUCACGCAGCAUGACAGCACACAUGAGAAUACACACUGGAGAGAAACCUCACUGUUGCUCUGACUGUGAGAAGAGAUUCACCUCUUCAGCAGACCUUAAAAUACAUCAGAGAAUCCAUACAGGAGAGAAACCUUAUAGCUGCUCUGACUGUGGGAAGAGCUUUUCAAAAUCAUCUACAUUACAAUCACACCAGAGAAUUCACACUGGAGAGAAACCUUAUAGCUGCUCUGACUGUGGGAAGACCUUUUCAAAAUCAUCUACAUUACAAUCACACCAGAGAAUUCACACUGGAGAGAAACCUUAUAGCUGUUAUCAAUGUGGGAAGAGUUUUACUGAAUCUAGACGGCUAACUACACACCAGAGAACACACACAGGAGUGAAACCUUACCACUGCUCUGACUGUGGAAAGAGAUUUGUUUCUUCAGGACAUUUAAAAUCACACCAGAGAACACACACAGGAGAGAAGCCUUAUAGCUGUGAUCAAUGUGGGAAGAGUUUUACUCACUCAAGUAGCCUGACUAUACACCAGAGAACACACACAGGAGAAAAACCUUAUAGCUGUGAUCAAUGUGGGAAGAGUUUUGUUACAUCUAGCCAGCUGACUAUACACCAGAGAACACACACAGGAGAGAAAUCUCAUAGCUGUGAUCAAUGUGGGAAGUGCUUUGUUACAUCUAGCCGUUUGACUAUACACCAGAGAACACACACAGGAGAGAAACCUUACAGCUGUGAUCAAUGUGGGAAGAGUUUUGUUACAUCUAGCAGUCUGACUAUACACCAGAGAACACACACAGGAGAGAAACCUUACGGCUGUGAUCAAUGUGGGAAGCGUUUUACUACAUCUAGCCAUCUGACUACACACCAGAGAACACACACAGGAGAGAAUCCUUAUAGUUGAAAUGAAUGUGGGAAGAAUUUUACUCAGCCAAACUGGCUGAUAUCACACCAGAGAACACACACAGGAAGUAAAUAUUGUAGUUGUGAUCAAUGUGGGAAGAGAUACUCUGGUAAAAGAUCUCUGAUUAAACAUCAGAAAAUACAUGAAGGAGUUGUUUCAUGAUAUCAAUCAAAUAAUGUAGAAUGUUUUUAAUAUUGUAGAAGGCGUAUUUUAAUGAUGUCACAAUGUAGAAUGUUUUAACAUUGUAGAAGGCGUAUUUUAAUGAUGUCACAAUGUAGAAUGUUGUAGAAGGUGUAUUUUAAUGAUGUCACAAUCUAGAAUGUUUUAACGUUGUAGUAGGAGUAUUUUAAUUAAUAAUGUCACAAUGUAAAAUAUAUAUACUGAGUGAGAUAUCCUUCCUAGUGCGCAAUCCCACAUUUCUGAAGAAGUGAUUUCCGUUCACACCAUUUCUAAGACUGAAGCACUUGUGUGUAGUAGUAAAACAGAGGCUGAAAAUGUAGAGGGGGUUUGAGUCUCAUCCCCCCCCCCCAAAGAAUGGCUUGAUGAUGCUCUCAGUAGAAAUGUACAGGGGGUUUUAGUCUCACCC